GUGGGCAGUUAUACAUCAAGCAACAGUUCAUCACCGACUAUCUUUACAAAUAACAUUAACAUUCGUUUUCGACUUGAGUGCGCGUCGAUAAAUUACGAUAAUCAAAAUGGUCAAACUCAUUGUGGCAAUUGUUUGUUGUAUCGUCUUGACGACGCCUAUGAUCCAGGCUGAUGAUAUUUACACCUCUAAAUAUGAUAACAUAAACGUCGACGAGAUCCUGAAAAGCGAUCGUUUGGUGAGCAACUACUUCCAAUGCUUAAUGGACAACGGGGCUUGUACGCAGGAAGGCGAUCUCCUAAAAAAAUUACUCCCCGAAGCAAUAAAAAGUGAUUGCGCGAAAUGUUCAGAAAAACAAAAAAAUGGCGUUGAAAAAGUCAUCAGGUUUUUAACAGAAAAUAAAAGCGACCUUUGGAAACAAGUCGUGGCAAAAUAUGACCCUGAAGAAACCUACAGUCAACGUUACUUGGAAAAGUUGAAGAAGGCGAAGGUGUGAUGUUGAACCAAAAUAUAAAAUAGAUGAAUGUACACAAUUUUCACUAAAUAGCAUUUCGAUGAAAAUCUAUAUUAUUUUUGGUGUAUCAUUAAAUUAACUAUUAAUUUAUGUAUUUAUAAUUUACUUACUUAGCAAUUACUUUUUUCUUGUAUAGUAAUAUAAACUAUAUAUUUUUCUGAAAGUUACUUUCAACUGUGUCUGAAAACUAAAUAUACAUAAUUUUUAACACCUA